GCUAGAUGUUGGAGGGAAUGAGGCUGAAGGGAUGGGCGCUGUCCGUGAAAGCUCUGGCGAGGAGCAGACUCCUUCGGAGAAGAAGAGCGAGCAACAGAGGAUGGUGCGAGAGGAGGUGGCGGAAGGAACCCUCCGCAUGAAGAGGAUGAGAGGAAAACCGGAGGCGGGGAUGGGCGGGGAUGGGCGGGGAUGGAGGUGGCGACGGAGAACGUGCCUCGGGAAAGAGGCCGACGAAGGAAGAGGGUGGGACGGCCAGUAAGAAAGCGAGGAGGCCUGGCGGUUUGACCAUCCGCGAAGGACAAGCCGCGGGUGGAGGAGAUUCGGCUGAUCCAGGCGCUGCGGCCGCGAGAGAACCUUCGGGGAAAUCGAAACGGAAAGUGGCAGCUGAAGAAGGCGAUGGCGAGAAGAAAACUCGAAGGCGGAAGACUGCUGAGGCGGUGAGUGGUGGCGAAGGGCCUGUCGGUAAGGAGUACGAUGAAGCGGCAGCGUUCUGGCUCGAAUACGAGCGGAACGAUGUCGGUGAAAUCGUGGAGAAGGAGUUCCCCGUCCAACUGCUCAUCGACCCCAGGAAGGUCUGCGAGAUCCCGGCUUGGGAAAGAUAUUACAACCACCGCAGUUUGAGUCGUGAAACUGUGGACGACAUCAAGGGUACGAUGCUGAGUCAAUUCUGCAAGAAAAAGGGAAAGAUCUGGAUGAAAAACCCUCUGGCUUUGGCACCCAUCUAUAAGCCGGUGACGAGUAGGCCGGAGAAAACUGACAGGGUUCACAAAAAUGUCUUCAAGCCAGAGGAUAAGGACAAGUACUACUAUUACCCUGUUAACGGACAACACACCGUGGCUGCUGUGAAGGAGUUGGAGGGUGAGCCAAUGUUCAAUUUGUGGAAGAUGCACUUGUGGCCGGCGAGAGUAGUGUGGUUCGCCGACCGAGAUUUUGCGGGGUAUAGUCAGGUCAGUCUCAACGAGAACACGAGACACAAGAUGUCUAAGCAGAGAUCGCAGAAGGCCACGUUCUUGGACAUGCGGGAGGUAUGGGAGAAUGAAGGAAGGCCAGUGGCCAUUCAAGGGAACGCUUCCCGCAAGGAGGCUGAAAAACAAAAGUUCUUCGAUUUCCAAAAGCUGAUUUUGGGAAAGAGUCUGAACGGAGCUCACUGGACGUUGGCACAAAAAGAUUCGUCGCUCGUCGACAAGGAGUAUGUCGCUGCGGUUGGCAAUGCAUUGAGGCAGUGGAUGCCGCUCGUGACGGCUGGUGACGACGUUUUCCGCAAAGCCAUGGAAUUCUACGCGAAAUAAGUGGAGGGGAAGUUGUUGGGCGGCGACGGCAAGACGCCAUUGUCGA